AGUUUCGCCACCUUUUGACUGAGAAAAAACAGGUAUAUAAAUCUGGUUUUGGUCACCCCUGACGAACGAAACGGAGUCUGCUGCAUAUGGAAACAAGUUUUCUUUCGUACUUUCUUUUCGUUUUCUGCUAAUGUCCUCCACCAACUCAGUUUGGUUGUUGGAAAUACAUUAUCUAAACACGAAAAGGCAUUUCUACUGCGAAAAAUAUCAGGGCGUGGAUUGUUGCAUUUACUCAGGAAAAUGAAAUUAUUAUUAUUAUUGCUGGUGGCACUCCUUUUAUUACAAGGUUCUGUUGCUCCACCUGUUACAAAAGAAAAGGAAAAAGAGACGGAAAAUGGAACAGAAAAUGAAACUGAACACCUUGAAGGAUUGGAUUUGGAGUAUGGACGUUAUUUUAAAGAAAUAGUAACAGCACUAGAAGGCGAUGAUAACUUUCGCAAGAGAUUAGAGGAAACAGAUGCUAGUGAUAUUCGCUCUGGAAAAAUAGCAUACGACUUGGAUCUAGUGAAUCACAAUAUUAGGUCGAAAUUAGACGAAAUAAAGAGGCAAGAACUCAAUAGACUGAGGCAAGAAGCCACACAUGAAUUUGAAAUGGAAAAUCACAUUCAGAAAGAGUACAUGAAAAUUCCUAAAAAUAUCGAACACUUGGAUCAAGAUAAUCCCCAUAGUUUUGAAAUUAAUGAUCUUAAAAAACUGAUUCAAAAGUCCAUUCAAGAUUUGGAGGAAGCAGAUAACAAGAGGAAAAAAAACUUCACGCAAUACGAAAUGGAGAAAAAAUAUAAAGAAGAGCAAAAAAAGAACAAUAUGACUGAACAACAAAAAGAGAUAUAUCAACAUGAAAUUGAAGAAAAAGAAAAAAAACAUAAAGAUCACGAGCCACUACAUCAUCCAGGUAGCAAAAAGCAGUUAGAAGAAGUUUGGGAAGAAGAAGAUCAUAUGAAAGAUCAGGAAUUCGACCCAAAGGCAUUUUUCCACAUGCAUGAUUUGGAUGGAAAUGGUUUUUGGGAUGAAGAUGAGUUAAAAACGAUGUUUCUUAGAGAAAUACACAAACUUUAUCCAGACGGAAAUUCAGAAGUUGAUCCUGUUGAAAAAACUGAGGAACUAGAGAGAAUGAGGGAGCACGUCUUCAAAGAAGCUGAUACCAAUGGGGAUAGACUUAUUAGUUACAAAGAAUUUUUAGUACAGUCAUCAAAAAAAGAAUUUGAUCAAGAUCCUGGUUGGGAAACACUUGACCAAAAACAAGUAUUCUCGGAUCAACAAUACGAAGAAUACAAACAAGAACUUGAGAAAGCCUUGGCUAGAGGACUGUCACCAGAACAUGCCAGUCAAUUAGCUGCGCAGCAUCAAUUUCCACCGUAUCAUAAUGAGAUUCCACAGCACGUUCAACAACAACAAUACCAACAGAUACCACAGCAACAGUACCAUCAACAGGGUCAAUUUGGUCACUUACCACCACAGCAUUUUGAUCAAUUUAAUCAAGCACAUGGAGAUUACCAGCAAGGUCACCCUAUGCAACCUCAAUAUGGUCACGUUCCACAACAACCCCAGUAUCAUCCAAAUGAUAUAAACUACGUACAACCGCAGCAGAAUUUCAAUCCUAAUCAACAACUACCUGUGGGACAUGUUCCACCACCACAACAGUAUCAACAGCAUCAAGCGGCAGCAAAUCAGAUUCCUCAGCAACAGUACUACCAACCACCUCCAGGAGUUCCAAACCAUGUACCUCAGCAACAAUUCCAACAAUCACUGCCUGUACCAUCUCCAGAAGUUCACAAUGCAGUUCCUCACCAGCAGUUCCAGCAGCUACCUUCACAACAAAACGCAGUCCCUCAGCAACAAUUUCAACAAGCUCCCCCAGUUCCGAGCCAACAGCAAUUCCAACAGCAACAGAUCGUUCAACAACAAUAUAACCAACCACCUGGUCAGCCACAACAGCAUCAGCAGCAACAACAACAGGAGCAUCAUCAGCAGCAACAACAACAGGAGCAUCAGCAGCAGCAGCAUCAUCAGCAGCAACAGCAACAACAAGAGCAUCAUCAGCAGCAGCAGCAACAACAACAACAAGAGCAUCAUCAGCAGCAGCAACAAGAACAACAUCAGCAGCAGCCGCAGCAUCACCAAGAACAACAUCAACAACAACAGCAGCAGCAACAGCAGCCAAAUCAACAGCCUCCUGUGUCCAGUGAUCCAAAGCCUCCAUCUCAACUACCUCCACAAAAUCAUCCUCAAGCUGACAUGUCGCACGAUUCAAAUCAACAGCAACAACCAGGAGUUGCUGCUACAGGACAGGCUCAUCAAUAAGUUCCUCACAACAAAAAGGUGACAAAAUAAUACUUUCAACAAUGCUCAAACUAACUUGUGUACUCUUGAGACUUCCAAUGCAGUUUAAAGUGCAGUAUUUGAUAUGUAAAUGUUGAUGAAAACUUCGUGUUUUGUUUGAUAAUUAAUAUAAAAUUUUAAGAAUAUUGAAAAGUUUGUAAUAUCUAUAAUGUAAUAAAUCAUGCCAAAAAUUCAUAACAAGUUGUGAACUUAUAUUUCAUAAUUUGGUCCUUCCACACAUGCAAGUAUCUUCAAUUAUACGAGGGUAAAGGGUAAUUUGUGAUUAAUGUAAAGACAAAUUUUAUAUAUAUAUUUUUUUUUAAUAUUUAUUAUUAUUGCAUAUUGUUUACGUUAGUAUAUUACUUAGGUAUACGUGCCAAGUAGCAACUUAAAUGUAUGAUUGCGUGAUUUUGUUUGUUCCUCGGUACGUAGGGUAAUGUACGCUUACUCCGUAUUAUAUAUAGGGUGUAUUUAUAUGUAUACUAUAAUUUUUUUCGGUAAAACGUCACCUUAAAAGCUAUUUGGUAAAAUAAAUAAUAAUUUACAACGAAUUGCGGCUUUUCUUCCAUGAUACUUCCAACUUCUGCACGUAAUGUUUUUAUUUUUCUUCAAAACUUCACUUUUGAAUGCAUUUUACACUUUAAUUAUACCACAAUUUUUUUACACAACAUAUUUCAAACAACAAAAUCAAGUAAGCCUUUUGUUUGUUCAUUUAUAAUUAGCUUCGAUGACGCUUGCCCUAUCAAUUAUCAUAUAAAUAACAAAUUGGUCUAGCUAAAUGAAAAGGAAUCUCUUGAAGGAUUUUAAAAAUAACAAUGAAUCAUAUGUGACAAUGGAAAACAGGGAAAAACGUUUUUAUGAGAAAAAAAAAAAAAAAAAA